AUGACGCAGCGGAAGACACGAGUUUUGCCUGUGACAGCCAUACAGCCUCCUCACGUCGAUUCUGAGACCAGUCUGCUGGACUGGUGGUAUGACAAGAAAGACAGUCUUCCUCAAGACCAAGUCAGUCGUCUUCUGGAAGCAGCUCGUGUCCUGCAAACCUCCUCAGUACCCGUCGCCUUCCCUACCGAGACGGUUUAUGGGCUGGGUGCAGACGCUACUCGAUCCGAAGCAGUACGUGGUAUCUACGCUGCAAAGCAAAGACCGUCAGACAACCCAUUGAUUGUGCAUGUCGGAUCAUUAGGUCAACUCAGGGCUCUUCUACAGCCACCCUUAGCAGCAGAAGACGACCGCUGCUCCAACAUCAGCCAUGUCAACGGCACCAUUCCCACCACCUCGGACCAGAAUGACGACCCAAUCCCCCCAAUCUACCAACCCCUGAUCCGCAAACUCUGGCCUGGGCCCCUAACCCUUCUCUUCCCCCUCCCCAAAACCUCCCCCUUCGCACCUGAGGUUACCACAACCCUCUCAACCGUCGGCAUACGCAUGCCCUCUUCGCCUCUAGCGCGUCUCCUGAUAUCGCUGUCCAAUCGCCCCUUAGCCGCACCAUCCGCAAAUGCCUCCACUCGACCCAGUCCCACAACCGCAGCCCAUGUACUCCAUGAUCUCGACGGCCGGAUCGAGAUGAUCUUGGACGGCGGAAGCUGUGAAGUUGGGGUCGAGAGUACGGUCGUGGAUGGGCUGUGUUAUCCGCCGGCGGUGCUGAGGCCGGGGGGUGUGGGAUUUGAGGAGAUCCGAAGACUGGGAGGGGUUUGGACGGAUGUGGUGGUAGGAUAUCAGGACCGUGAUCAAUGGGCUAGUGUGAAUGGUGAUGGGAAGGUUGACGCUUACACGGAUGGAAGUGCAGUCCAGACUAACACCAAUGGAAUGCAUGGCCGUGGCCAUGUCCCACGAGCGCCAGGCAUGAAAUACAGACACUACGCGCCUCGCGCACGGGUCCAUCUCUUCGAAGACCCAACAUCUUCCGAGAACGAGGCCCGGUCGAGAAUCCUUUCUCUCUGCAACGAUCAUCUCGCCUCACCAUCUCAACCCGCUCACCCUGAUCUCAACAUCGGAGUGAUAACCACCCAAACAUGGCGCCCGGACCUCGGCCUCGGCCUUUCCCUUUCACCUCCCCCAAACCUCUCCAACUCCAACUCCAAUCCCAAAGACUCUGUCCCCACUCUCGCCGUAUCCACCUUCCACAUCGCAAACUCCUCCCCUUCCCCUUCAGCUACUCCCCCAAAUCAGACAUCCAACCCCAACCCAAACACCACUACCACCACCACAACCACCACCACUCCUCCCACCCCUCCUUCCAAGCACCACCAGAUGCACAGCCUCGCCCUCGGCCCCGCCAUCGAAGACGUAGCCCGAGGCCUGUUCUCCGCACUGCGCGAGCUCGACGCGAGGGGGUGCGACGUCAUUCUCAUCGAAGGGGUUGAGGAUGGGGAGGAAGAUGCCGAGGAGUCGGCGGGAGCCUCGGAAGGGCUUUGA